UUCAGGAUCUUGGCUCCAACUACCUAUAUUUUCUUUGCUUCUGCACUUCCUGUUAUUGCAUUUGGGGAGCAAAUAAGUAGAGACACAGAUGGAAGUUUGAGUACAGUGGAAACACUGGCUUCUACUGCCAUAUGUGGAUUCAUACACUCAGUAUUUGGUGGUCAACCUCUGCUUAUACUUGGUGUUGCUGAGCCAACCAUCAUCAUGUAUACAUAUUUAUACAACUUUGCUAAAGAUAGAGAUGGUUUGGGACAAGAACUCUUUUUGGCUUGGGCAGGAUGGGUUUGUGUUUGGACUGCUCUCUUGUUAUUUCUUCUUGCAAUAUUCAAUGCUGGAAAUAUCAUCAAUAGAUUUACAAGGAUUGCUGGUGAGCUUUUUGGAAUGCUUAUUUGACACAAGUUCUUGGAAAAUGCAGGGAAUGGUGAGUGAGUUUAAGGUUCCUAAGGAGGGAAACCCAACAUUGGAAAAGUAUCAGUUUCAUUGGUUGUAUGCUAAUGGAUUACUGGGUAUUAUAUUCACCUUUGGCCUUCUCUAUACUUCCUUAAAAAGCAGAAGAGCAAGGUCAUGGUUAUAUGGAACAGGGUGGUUCAGAAGUUUCAUUGCAGAUUAUGGGGUGCCUCUCAUGGUGCUGCUCUGGACAGCCCUAUCAUUCACAGUACCAAGUAAAGUUCCUUCUGGAGUUCCAAGAAGACUUGUUUCUCCUCUUGCUUGGGAUUCCACAUCUUUGCAUCAUUGGACUGUCAUCAAAGACAUGGGCAAGGUUUCACCAACAUAUAUAUUUGCUGCUUUUAUUCCUGCCAUAAUGAUAGCAGGGCUUUAUUUCUUUGAUCACAGUGUUGCUUCACAGUUAGCACAGCAGAAGGAAUUCAACCUAAAGAAGCCUUCUGCAUAUCACUAUGACAUAUUGCUACUAGGAUUCAUGACUUUGCUUUGUGGAUUAAUUGGCCUGCCUCCUUCAAAUGGAGUUCUGCCUCAAUCCCCUAUGCACACCAAGAGCCUGGCUGUUCUCAAGAAACAGUUGAUAAGAAGAAAGAUGGUUAAAAGUGCCAAAGAAAGCAUAAAGCAGAAAGCAAGCAAAUCAGAAAUCUAUGGGAAUCUGCAGGCUGUGUUUAUAGAAAUGGAUAGCACUCAAGAUAACCAUUCAGUGGCCAAAGAACUAGCUGAACUAAAAGAGAUUGUCCUAAAUGGUGAAGAUAAAGGAGAAAACAAGGAGAGUAAUUUUGAUCCUGAGAAACACAUUGAUGCAUAUCUACCAGUGAGAGUAAAUGAGCAGAGAGUGAGCAAUCUCUUACAAUCACUCCUUGUUGGAGCAUCAGUCUUUGCUAUGCCUGCCAUAAAAAAGAUUCCAACUUCAGUUCUAUGGGGAUACUUUGCAUACAUGGCCAUUGAUAGUCUUCCAGGAAAUCAAUUCUGGGAAAGAAUACUGCUACUCUUUGUGACACCUAGUAGGUGGUACAAGUUGUUGGAAGGGGAUCAUGCUUCUUUUGUUGAGUCAGUACCAUUCAAACAUAUAAUGUUAUUCACACUGUUCCAAUGUGUGUAUUUCUUGGUUUGUUUUGGAGUGACAUGGAUUCCAAUAGCUGGAAUAUUGUUCCCAUUGCCUUUCUUUGUGUUGAUCACACUGAGGCAGCAUAUUCUCCCCAAAUUCUUCAUUCCUCACCAUCUAAGGGAACUAGAUGCUGCUGAAUAUGAAGAAAUAGUAGCAGGUGCUCCAAGAUUGAGUCUCAACAUGUCUUUUAAGGAGGUGGAAUCACCUAUUGUUGGAUCAAGAGAAAAAGGUGAUGCUGAAAUGUUAGAUGAGUUAACUACUAACAGAGGAGAGGUGAAGGUCAGAACUUUUAGCUUCAAUGAAGAAAGACAAAGCCAGGUUUAUCCAGAUGAAAGAGUGAGUGAAAUGGAUCCCACACUCACACAAUGAUCAUGUUGUAUAGGUAAGUUUCCAAUUCCCUAUAGAAAAGGAAUGAAAGGAGAAUAUGAUAUAUUGAAGGCCACCAGUUAUAGUUUGUGGAUUUUAGAUGUAAAAUUUGCAAAUUUGUAGUGAGUUGAAUCUUCCAUAGAUAGUAAUUUAGUUAAACAUAUCAAAUUUUUUAACAAUUUUUAUGUAUCAUCUUUAUAUAAAAUUAACUUUUAUGU